AUGAAAGACUCGCUGUACGACCGUCUCUGGCGCCGAGAAUGCGGGGACCUGUCGCCUUAUGCCUCGCUUCGCGGCAUUUACGGCUCCAAAGAAUGGAUCGACGAUCUGGAUAUCGUGAAUGAGUUGGGUGGUCAUACGGGAUGUGUGAAUGCUCUCAGUUGGUCCAAGUCCGGACGUCUCUUAGCUUCUGGCUCGGAUGACCAGCAUUUGAAUAUCUAUUCGUACCAGCCCGACUCUUCGGAUGCUCAGUUCACAUUGAACACCACCGUCGCCACUGGCCACAAGGCCAAUAUCUUCUCCGUCAAGUUUAUGCCACACUCGAACGACCGGACUCUGGUAACCUGUGCAGGCGAUUCGCAGGUGCGUGUCUUUGACAUUGAAUACUCGAGCGCCAACGAGAAUAUCGCUUCCACUUCGGCAUUUGCAGCCUCGGCUCGGAGUCGGCGCUUCAAUAACUUCUUCGAAGGCACGCGAUAUCUGAGUGCGGGUAAUACUAAUGCCAGGGUUUACCGGAGUCAUGCCGAUCGCGUAAAGCGCAUCGUCACUGAAUCGUCGCCACAUCUGUUCCUUACCUGCUCGGAAGAUGGAGAAGUACGGCAAUGGGAUCUUCGUCAGCCUUCGGAGGCUUACCCUUCUCCACGAGGUGGGCAGGGCUUCAUGGCAUAUCGCCCUGGAUUAGACCAUGAUGACUCCAACGUCCCGCCGCCGCUCAUCUCUUACAAGAAGUUCCGCCUUGAUCUCAACACGAUAUCUUGCUCUCCCAGUCAACCGCACUAUAUCGCCAUGGGUGGCGCUCAUAUGCACUGCUUCUUGCAUGACAGACGUAUGCUUGGUCGCGACCUCCUGGCCGAAAGAGGUAGCCCGGGCUUUUCUACAUCAAGCGCUGCCAGUCUCGAUGACGAGAUGAUGGGCAAAGCAACUCGUUGCGUUCGGCGGUUUGCUCCCCGGGGUAAACGUCGUCUGAAACACCUCGAUGAUGGUCACAUUACCGCCUGCAAAAUUAGCGAUGCGAACCCUGAUGAGAUGGUUGUCAGUUGGUCAGGUGAUCACAUCUACAGCUUCGAUCUUAUUCGAAGCCCAGAUGCGCGGGAUGUUUCACCAGAAUUGCCUUCUGCGUCGAAGAAAUCAAAUCGCCGCAAAACCGAUUCCCACGGCCGAAAGCGCAAGCGUCCUAAGCCUGCAUCGAUGUCGUCCCAGGAAAGUGGUGAACGGCACCAGCCUCAACAGCGCUCUGGUGAGCCAGAUGCUUUCAGAGUCACCUAUGAGAAUGGUGAGUCUGAGGACGUGCUCUUCCCGACGAUUCCCGAUGGGGAUGAGCUUGCUAUGGUUCAACGCGCCAGAUACUCCGUGCUGAACGAGGCCCAGCGACUCAGUAUGCGGAUUGCAAAGGGUCUUGUCAAGCUUCGCCAGGCGCUGUUCUCUCUGGAAGCGACUGCACGAGAAGCCAGUGAGGCUGAACAGUCGAGUCUCACGCCGUACUCCGGAUCUUUUACCUCUGCAUUCUCACUAGCCUCGGUGUGGUUGCCCCAGAUGGAUGAGGUCAUGCGUCAUUGGCGUUAUCCGCUGAAUCCAUCAAGCGAUACUGUUGCUUUCCAGCAAUCGCUUCGUCGCCACCGUCAAGCGUCCUGGCGAUUUGUCCAAGCUGCUGGUACAAUUGCCCGUGCUUUGCAUGGCGAUGCCUCGGAAGAAGGUGCAUCCAAUGCAGUCUCGGACUUUGUGCAAAUUGUUCCCGCACCUAACGAGGAUGAAUCUAUUGACCCGGAGGCUCAGUUUGGAUACGACUUCCUCAAGGCGAUCUUGCUUUGGAUUCAGGGUGGUAGGCAAGAAUUACUCAAUGGGUUCAAACGUGGGCAACAUCCAAGACGAGUUGAAGGACGAUUCCCCAUCCCUGACGAGGCCACCGACGAUGCGAUCGAUACUAUUCUCCUUCCUUACCUUCAGGGACUUGCUCGAGAAACCCCCAUCGUCAAUGUGGAUGCCUCCCGUUUCGAGCAUGAUUCCACUCGCAUCUUAUUCCAGACGCAAGUUGCAGCCGUGACUGCGUUCGGGAAUGCGGUGCGGUUGCCACUGGAGGAUUUGGGAACUACGGCUGCUCGGAUCGAUCGGCGCCGUAUCUCUAAUCCCUCCUCGCAUGUUCGGUCUCUGGAUCGAGCAUCUGCUACUAGAUUCUGGGUGCUGCGGGUGGGCCGAGGCAUUCUCAUGGAUGCUGGAAGUGGUGUCAACUACUCAUUCGUUAAUCGGGCCUUUGGCGGGAUUCAUACGACUACCGAUGACUCGGCUAGUGAUGAGGACAUGGAGAGAAUUCAGGAUGAUAUUGACCCCGAUGCGGAAGAAGAGAGAGUGAAAUCGAUUAAUGUGGUGAGAACCGCUCGCUCUGGUCCUAUUCCGGUUUCUCAGGGAACCACGGCGACUCCUUCAUGGACUUAUCCGGAUUCCGAGGCCUCCGAAGCAGAUGUGCGUCGGAAUGGUCGUGAUGUCGGCGAGGCAGAAGCAUCUGAGGACGAGGACGAUGAUGCAGAAAGCGACGAAGAUGAAGAGGAGUAUGAAGAAGCAGACGGCUGGCAUUUGGGCCUGGGAGACUCCUCGGAAGACGAAGAUGAUAGAGAGUCAUCCGGCGAGGAUGGCGAAGAGCCGUUGUUCAUACGGGGUACCACUCGCAAACCACGCCGUGGAGAAAUCGAGUCCGAUACGCCGAUCUCUGCUCAUACGCGGGUCUAUCGUGGACACUGCAAUAUCAAGACCGUCAAGGAUGUCAACUUUUUCGGGCUGAAUGAUGAAUACGUAGUCAGCGGGAGUGACUCGGGGCACCUUUUCAUCUGGGAUCGCAAGACGGCGACUCUGGUGAAUAUCCUGGAGGGAGAUAGCGAAGUUGUCAACGUUGUCCAAGGUCACCCUUAUGAACCCACCAUCGCCGCCUCGGGGAUUGACAACACUAUCAAGAUCUUCUCACCAGAUCGACACGCGCAAGAUCUCGCACACCGCGGUAUCAAUAUUCUAGAUCCAGACAACCCUGCCAACCUUGUCGGAUCCGCAGUGCGCAAUCUCGGCGGACUCGAGAGCCGUAAACGUCUCCAGGACAGCUAUCGCAUCAUGAGUCAGAACGAUGUCGAUCGUCGCGGUGGCAUGAGUGAAGCCUACAUUACAAGAAGCAUGCUGGCGCGUCUUGCUGCUACACUCCGUGGUGGACAGGCUGGAACCGGUGGUCUGGCUGCUGGUAUGGCCCCAGGUGAGGGUGCUACGGUUGUUCUUGAUGAUAAUUGCAAUGUGAUGUGA